ACAUGCCACACCGGUGUGUGGAACUACAGACUUCGCUAGACCGGAAACCAAAGGUAACAAUGUCGGCAGCAUCAUCGUCGGUCGACGAGGAAUCGAGACGGGCGGCGUGUGCGAGGGGUGACAAAAAGAUGCGCGUCGUGGCACUGGUCAGCGGAGGGAAGGAUAGCACGUACAACAUGAUGCAGGUGGCGGCCGAGGGCCACGAGGUGGUCGCCCUGGCCAAUCUCCAUCCGAAAGAUCGGGACGAGCUGGACAGCUACAUGUACCAGACGGUCGGACAUCAGGGCAUCGAGAAGCUGGCCCAGGCCAUGGAGCUACCGCUCUACCGGCGGAUGACGCGUGGCCAUUCGAUCAACACUAAGGGCCACUACGAGCCGACCGAGGACGACGAGGUGGAGGACCUGUACGAGCUGCUCGGUCAGGUGCAACGGGAGCAGCAGAUCGAAGCCGUUGCCGUCGGCGCCAUCCUCUCCGACUAUCAGCGUGUGCGCGUCGAAAAUGUCUGCGCCCGACUGAACCUUAUCUCGCUGGCCUAUCUGUGGCGCCGGGACCAAACGGAGCUGCUGCAGGAGAUGAUCGACUGUCAGGUGCACGCGAUCAUCAUCAAGGUGGCGGCGUUGGGCCUGAUGCCCGACCGCCACCUCGGCAAGUCGCUCAAGGAGAUGCAACCGCACCUGCUGCUGAUGCGGGACAAGUACGGACUGAACGUGUGCGGCGAGGGUGGCGAGUACGAGACGUUUACGCUCGACUGCCCACUGUUCCGACGGCGCAUCGUCGUGGACGACGUGCAGACGGUGAUCAGCUCGGCCGAUCCCGUCUGCCCGGUGGGCUAUCUGAACUUCACUAAGCUACGGUUGGUACCGAAGGAGCAUCGGGGUGAGCCGGUGGUGAUUAAAAACUCGCUCGACUUCAUCCACGACCUGAACGAGUCGAGCUAUAGCGACCUGAGCGAUCCGGACCUGAGCGAGACCGAGCUGGAGCUGAUCGAGCGCAGCAGCAGCGGAAUCGUGGCGGCCGUUUCGCGCGGUGCCGCCAUGCGCAACUCCUUCAGCAAGGACGACCUCAGUGGGGGGCUGAGCUCGGCCGUGCUUUCGCGGAGCAACAGCAUCACGAAGGAGCUGGACGCGACGACACCGACGAGUACGGCCACCAGCACGGCCACCACGACGCCGGUGCGCAUCAUCACCAAGGCACGCGCCAGCAUACCCUCCGACAACGGUGAAGCGCUCGCGCUGCCCACCGAGCUGGCCAUGUUUCAGUACGCCCGCGAAAGCCGUCCGCUGUGCAACAAACCGAGGGCAAUCGUUAACUCGAAGGGUUGGAUGUGGGUGGCUGGAGUGCAGGGCGUCGGUGACGAUUCCCGGGAAGCGAUGGCCAGUGCACUGUCGACGCUAGAAGAAAUGGUCCAAUCACGUUCAUUCACGCUCAGACAAAUCUGCUACAUUACGCUGUACGUGCGCAAUAUGGCCGAGUACAGCUUCAUCAAUGCGAUCUACUCGAAGGUGUUCAACUUUCCCAAUCCUCCCACGCGGGUGUGUGUUGAAUGUCCGUUGCCAGCGGAAUGUGCCGUUGUCCUGGAAGCUGUCGCUUUUAAUCCAGUUUCCAGUGCAUCAGAACUAGAACACAGACGACAAACGAUGCACGUACAGGGCAUUUCCCACUGGGCCCCGGCUAACAUCGGCACCUAUAGUCAGUCGACGAAGGUCGGCCACAUAACGUACAUCUCGGGACAAAUUGCGCUCGUUCCGGGUAGCAUGACGAUCAUCGAGGGUGGUAUCAAACAGCAGUGUAAGUUGACUCUACGCCAUCUCAGCCGGAUAGCGAAAGCAAUGAACGCACAGGGCGGCCAGCUGCGGGAUGUGGUGCAGGGUAUCUGCUUCGUGACGCACCCGAGCUACAUCUAUGAGGCCCGGCGGCAGUGGGAACGACGGACGGCCAACGCCAUCAUCGAUUACAUCGUCGUGCCGGCGCUGCCUAGGGGUGCCCUGGUCGAGUGGCAGGUGUGGGCUCACUCGCAUAACGACAAAUUCGACUAUGAAGAAACUGGCUGCGCCAUCGGUGAAUACUCAAUCUCGAUCCGGCGACGUUGGAACUAUGAGAACAAUUGCUCCUCGAUCGUGUGCUACGUCUCGACCGGUCUCGCCACCUCCACCACCAAGCUGACCGAGCUUACGGACGACUAUCUCCAGCGGCAUCAUCAGUUGGCGCAGCGUGUCACGCCCCACCAGAUCCACGAAACGAUCGCGUAUGUCCUGCGCAAGUUACUCCAGGACUGUCCCGGUCUGCUCGGUCCCACCAGUACCAGUCCCACCUCCGGUUGUUCAUCGUCCUCCUCGUUCUCCAGUGCUGUACCAGCGGCCGAAGUAGAAACCGAGCACCAAGUAAACCACCACCACCACCACCACCAGCAACCGCUGGCCGUUCCAACGAAACCGGCCGUCCAUCUACGCGUGUUCUACCAGGUCGAUGCCGUUCCGUCCGUGCAGUUUCUGAUCGAUGCGCUCGAGAGCUUCCUGGUGUCGCCGGCCAAUGUGGCCCGCAUCGCCUACACCGUUAUCCCGGCCUGCCAUCUGCAGAACUUCAGCACCUUCAUCUCUAUCUGCGGUCUGCGCCACCACGAGUAAGCUAGAGACUACUCCGCCACGCGCUUGUUUUUUAAUAAGUGGUCAUACAAUUUCACUCUAAGGUAGCUUUUUAAGGGCAUCAAAAAAAAAAAAAAGAUCAAAGAAGAGAACAGUCGUGAGCAGUCGUGAUAAGGGCACUAACAAAA